CUAAACUUUUUAAGUCAAUUUUUUUUAGUCGAUAUAUACAUAUGUAGCUUUGUAUCAGAGGACUUCGUAAAAAAAUAGCUUAAAAAUCACUAAAUCAGAAUUUUUGAGUCCAGGCAAAAACAAAUCAGAGUUUGGUUUAUGCACUAAUUAUUAGCUGAUUACGGAAAAAUGAUUGAUGUGCUUUCUCUACCUCGACGACCUAAAUUGGAUGUGGCCGAAGUACCAAACCUUACAUUCAAAUCUGGUCUUCCCAUUAAUAGCUUACCAGGCUGGGAGCUCAUACCAUUAAAUUCGAAAUUGCCUAUGCUGAAGUGUCCCGGGAAUCAAGUUAUAUUUUCGAAGAAUAAAAUUGGACAAUCGUUUAAAUAUUUGAAACAAGAAUUUGACCCCUCAGUUCGGGAAAGCUUACCCGAAUACAAUCCAUUGCAUGAUUCAAAUUUGAAAACAUUUUAUGCCAAUGAGCGGAAUCUGAAGCGUUUGCGUGAAAACGGCGAAAUAACACAAAACAAUGAUGUGAUUUGUAAUUUAAAAGAUUUCAAUGAAUACCGACAGCAAUUGCACAGAACUAGGCUUUAUUACGUAUUACAGGAAAUAAAUCGCCAGGAAAAUGAACAACACGACCGGAUGCUAAUAACUAAUGCCGAGGCAAUAACUGCUCGAGAUCACCACAAUUUGGCUGCGCGACAGAACAGUUUCACUGAAAUACAGGGCCGUAAAAGAAAGCUAGAGAACAUAAGAGCUGCUCGAUUUCAAAAAAUGUGGCAACAAACACAGGAUAAGAUAGCACGUAAAGUGGCUGCCGAUGAAAUGGGAAAGGCCUACCACGAAUACCGAAAGCUCCUAAAUCAUAUGAAAAUACAGCGGCACUUGGAAGCUGCUGCAGACUUGCAGCGAAAACAUCUGAUCAAAUUGAAAAAAGUAUUCCAGUUUAAACAGGACCGCUUACAGAAGAAUUUACGCAAUGUAGAGGAGGAGCGGUUUAGAAAAAAUGAGGAUAUUCAAACCAUUUUCUGGGAGAAACGUCUGAAGGAGCGCAUAGCAUAUCAGGAUAAGAUGAAAGGUCUGCUAAAUACGAUGACCAAAGAGAGAAAACAAUUUAUUGAGGAUCACCGGCAAAAAUAUAGUGAGAAAUGGUUACGUAUUCAAAACGAAAUAAAAAAUCGUGCAAAACUUACCAAAAAACAGAAUAAACUAAAUAGAAAACCUAAGAAGAAACCAAAGUAUUUAUUAAGGCCUAAACCAAAAACUGAUAAUGGAAUGGCGUUCUGUGAUAGACCUAAUGAAAGUUUCGACCAACUCUUGGAUCAUCAACUUUGUGAAGCAUUAAAUACAGCCAUUGAUAUAGAAAAUCAGUUGUCGAUGCCUUUUGAGUCUGGCGACCCAAUAUACAAGGCAGCAAAGUUCAUCAUAACACAUAUUAUUAAAAAAUUUGACAAGGAUUUGAGUAUAGACUCCAGAGUUUGUAAUCAAGUGAGAGAUCGUGUGGAUCAGUUCUUUGACGAAGCCAAACGUUUUGUGUUAUUCAGAUCAUCGCAAAUCAUUGCAAGUAUACGUGAACAAGUGGAAGCGGGUUAUGAAGAAAACAGUCAGCGUCCGACCAUAGUAUCAUUUAGUCGAUUACCAAUGACAAUAGGCGAAUCCAGUUACGCCAUACACCCAAUGGUUGAUAUUAAGGCCGUGGAUACACGAACACCAACACCAGUGGGUUCACUUGCCUCCAUCAAGGUCCACUCGGAGGAGCACAUAUUUAAGAAUAUUCCAAAUUUGUGCCGCAACGAGUUGAUUUUCAUUGAGCACUACAUCAUCAAAUUCAAACGCGAACUAAUUACAGGUGUUGGCAAGCGGGUUUUCGCUGCGAUUGAUUGUCAUUUCUCUAAUAAAAUUAUGGACGUUCGCCCCGAACUACUUAAUUUGAAUCGCAAUUUCCUUACGUGUCAGAUGGCGAAAGCUAUACUCAGCUAUGCAACAAACAAAUUAAAUUAUGAAUCAGGCAUUAAGUUGUGCAUCAGCGCUUUGGCUAGUGAUAUAAUUUGGUCUCUGCAGAAACAUCUAUUGAAGCCGGAACGCGACCCACGUGGCAUUGUUCCUCCACACUGUUGUGACGAGAGUUCUUCGCCACAUAUGCGCCUGUGUCUUUAUUGCCACAAGUAAAUAACCAAUUGCACUGCCAAUGUCACUGGUGGACGGUUACAAACUUGAAGAAUAUUUCAUAUGCCCAUUCAAACUGUCUAUAUAUUUUGUAUGUCGAAAUAAAUCCAACAACGAAA